AUGCUUCACUUCGUUUUUUUUGCCGUUGUGGCGUUGGUGUCCGCUGAUGUUAUUUUUGACGGGCCAUGCCCAGAGGUUAAGCCAGUAGAGAACUUUAAUUUCUCAGCUUACCAAGGAAAAUGGUACGAAAUCGCCAAGUUCCCUAACGCAGGCGAGGAGCAGGACAGAGGCAAAUGUACAACCGCUGAGUACACAGUCGAUGGCGACAAAGGCUCGGCGAAGAACUCACACCUGAUCAAUAACGUUAAUUAUUAUAUAAACGCAGAACUCACGCUCGUCGGACCAGCUCAAGUGAGGCUUAACUACACUUUCGAUGGCAAAACAAAGUUUUCAUACUUGACUAUUCUGGACACUGACUACAAGAGCUACUCAAUUGGCUACAGUUGCAAAUAUUUUAAGGACAACAACAAGCACCAAGUGUUUUCUUGGAUCAAAUCAAGGAGCAAGAGCCUUGAGGGUGCGGCCAAAGAAGCCGUUGAGAACUACCUGAAAAAGUCCAACGUCAUUGACACCAGUAAAUAUGUUAAAAACGACUUCUCCGACGAAGUUUGUAAAGAAAUUGAGGCUAAAGAAAUCACAUCAUUCUUAAAU